UAACUGUAUAUUGAAGAGAAACGUUUUAAAUAAAUUGCAGCGAGACAUUUAGCUAUGUUUAAAACAAAUAAAUAUUUUGUGAAAAAUAAAGGAUUUCGGAAAUUCUCAUCGGAAGUAAAGCAUCCUUCCAAUCGUGCUACAGAAUGGCAGAAUGCAAAACCGCUGAGUGAAAUGCCAACAUUGAAACCACUGAAAUUGCUUUGGAACUUGUUACCAGGUGGAGUAUAUUCUAAACUCGACACCUUCCAAUUGAUGUUGGCUGUUAAAAGAGACAUUGGGUCAAUAUGUUGGCUACGCGGUGCAUUUGGAAAUCCCGAUUUUGUUAUGACACACAAUCCGCAAGAUUUUGAAAAGGCGUUUCGCAAUGAGGGCCCUACGCCCAUGAGACCUGGAUUUGAGUAUUUGUCCUACUAUCGUAAUGUAGUGAAACCGGACAUAUUCCAAGGCGUUGAAGGACUUUUGGGAUCACAAGGAGAAAAGUGGGCCAAAUUUCGAUCAGUAGUGAAUCCUGUUAUGUUACAACCUCGAAAUAUAUGUUUGUAUUUACACAGUCUGUCCGAUGUUAACAAAGAAUUCAUUGAAAGAAUUCAACAAAUUCGCAAUCCCCGAACUCAAGAAGUCCCAGCUACUUUUGUCGAGGAAAUACAUCGAUGGGCCGUGGAGUCAGUGGGCGUGAUAGCACUUGAUCACCGACUAGACAUGCUAAGCAGAAAACAGAGAGACGCCACUGCAGAACGCUUAAUUGAGUCUAUAAUGACAUUUUUCGAGUGUGCCGGAGAAUUGGAAUUUAAACCGACAAUUUGGAAAUAUUACAAAACGCCUACAUUUAAGAAACUCAUCAAAAGUUUAGAUGGAAUUACAACAAUAACAAAAAUAUUUAUUGAUCAAGCAGUGGAAGAAAUUAAAAAGGAAUGUAAAACUCCCGGCGUAGAAAACGCAAAUCACAAAACAAGUGUUUUGAAGCAAUUGAUAAAAAUUGACAAAAAUAUUGCCAUGGUAAUGGCAAUGGAUAUGUUUUUGGCUGGUGUAGAUACGACCACAACAUUAUUUGCCGGUAUACUGUUGUGUCUGGCCAAAAAUCCCGAAAAACAAGAAAAAUUGCGCAACGAAAUUUUUCAGCUCUUACCCCAAAAAGAUUCCGAAUUGAGAGAAAAUCACCUCAAUUGUAUGCCCUAUUUGAGGGCGUGCCUUAAAGAGUCACUAAGAUUACAUCCAUUAGCAGUGGGUAAUGCUCGCGCCCAGGCAAAUAAUGUUGUACUGAGUGGUUAUCGUGUACCCAAGGGAUCGCUUGUUUCCAUGAUUCAUGCCUCAAUAGUGCGGGAUGCUAAAUAUUAUCCCCAACCAGAUGCAUUUUUACCCGAACGUUGGCUGAGACAGCCGAGGAGUGAGAACAAUGUGUUGAAGAGCAAAGCACCGUUUCAAUAUUUGCCCUUCGGUUUUGGUCCACGUAGCUGUAUUGGGCGACGAAUUUCACAGCUGGAGUUAGAAUUGGUCAUCGUGCGUUUGAUACGUAAUUUCCGGGUGGAAUUUAUUUAUUCCACCGAGAAAGCAUUCCGGGGUGCCUUUAUUAGUGUUCCCAACAUUCCAUUAAGAUUUAAAUUUAUCGAUAUUGAAGAGUGAAAUAAAAAACGUAUCUUACUUUCAAUUUG